AUGUCGUAUUUUGGAGACAGAGAUCGCGAUAGAGGCGAUAGAGGCGACAGAGGUGGUGAUAGAAGUGACGACAGAUCUAGACCCAACCCCUGCAGACUCUACGUGGGCAAAGUCAGUCGCUAUGCGCGCGAACAAGAAUUGAGAGAUCUCUUUAGCAGAUACGGCAGAAUUAGAGACUUGGUCCUUAGAGAUUUUUAUGCUUUUGUUGAAUUUGAUAAUAUCAGAGAUGCUGAAGACGCCUCCAAAGAGCUCAAUGGUUACGAGUUGGAAGGCGAAAGAUUGAUCGUUCAAGUUGCCAAUCGUGCCCGUGACAGAGGUGAUAGAAAUGACAGAAGCGACAGAGGUGAUCGUGAUCGUGAUAGUCGUCGUGAUCGUUAUAGCCGUGACAACCGCGACAACCGCGACCGUGAUUACGAUAGAGAUAGAGGCAGAAGAUACGACAACAACAACGACGGUGGUGACAGAUGUUACAACUGUGGUGAAUUUGGUAAGUUGUCAUUUAUGGAACAGAGUGUGAUUCAACGUGGCUAA